CCUCAGACUCUACGACAGAACCUCACAAGACUCAAACCAUCCGUGUGAACCUUGAACGGCGUGAUAAGAAGUUAACCAGAAAGCGCGAAAAUACGCGCGAAAAUACGCGACCCCUUCGCCGACACGGCAUCCAACCCAUCAUGGCUGCGUCGAUAUCCCACCCAGUGCCUAAGCUGGAAAUAACUGACGUGGACGAUGAUAUGGAAAUCUCAUCCGAUGUUGGUCGCGCCGAUAAUGAUGAUAUUGAUAUCGACAUCGAUGUUGGUGGCGACCAUGACUUUGACUAUAUGCUCGAAGACACAUUCUCAGAAACUGGAAAUACCAGGGAUCAACCCCCGCCAUCCCCAAGCAAGGACGAUGUCAUGGUAGAUGAGUCGUACUCUGGAGCCGAGCGUGGUAACACGACCGAUAUCGAGAUCACAGAUGGGCCCGACGAACACCUUUUCGAUGUUGGGGACUAUGGUGUAGACCCCAUGGGCUCGACCAGUCUCACAUCUGGAGUACAGGAGCAAGAUGUUGAUAUCCAAGAAGCCUCAACACCCAACGAAGUCGACCAUAUAACCCAUGGAACUGAUACUCAGUUGGCUCAUGAUGAUCUUGAAUUCGAUGACAACUUAGAUGACGAACAAAUCCAUGACACAACGAACGAUGAGAUACAUGUGGAUACCGAAGGCACUGGAGAUCCUCAGCAAGAAGUCGACACUACCGAUAGUGCUCAAAAUAUUUUGGCGCUUGCGAAUGAUGGGAGUACUGUGCAUACAGGCCAGCCUCACGCCGAUGACCAGACUGUGGAUACUCAUCCCAGGCAGGGUAAUUCUCCGCAACAUGAAGAGCCAGCUGGCACCUCUCAGAUUCUAGCACCAACGUCCGGCGAGCCGCAAGUUUCGACUCAUUCGCAGUCGGAAUCAUUGGAUCCUGCAGUUGGACAACCGAGUGCCACUGACACUGUCAACGACGUUUCCCACCCCGCACCGGAAUCCGAGACUUUUGAUUCGCGGAUAGAAUCCGGCGAGAAGUCUGCUGAGACAGCAUUGGCUGAGGAUCUGAACAGUGUCCUCAGGUCUACUCUCACUCAUCAUCCUGUCAUUGUGAUAUAUGACCACAGUGAAAUAUCCUUGUUCCCUCCCGCAGAAGGCGAGUCAUCAGAGACUUACUUCCUUCAUGACGAGAGCCUUAUGAAUGCUUGUAUCCGUGACCUUCUCCAAGAGUGCAGGCAUGUAUUAGGUGAAACCAUUGGUAACGAGGAAGAGUUGGAAAUCGAGGUUGAGGAACUUGGCUUGCGACUCAAUGAGGAUUCAAUCCACUGUGCAAACGUGACCCUUGCAGAGGUUCUUACUGUGUACCUCCAAUUACAACGACAUGAUGGAGCCGCGAGCCCUUAUCCGCUUUACAUGACAUUAACCUCACACCUUAGAUUCUCAUCACAACUUGCUUCACUUAAAGAUGCCGCUGCGCAAGGGAAAGGAUUGUCUCAAUGUGUUCAGCAUACCCCUGCGGAAGAGCCUCAUGAAGAGUAUGAUGCAGGCCAAAGUGAGCACGAUGAACAUGAGGGCGAGGAAACUGGCCAAACUGAAUUGGAUGACUCCCAUCAACUUGAGGUUGCCAACAGUCAGGAUGAGCCCACUCAACCUCAAGUUCAACAACCUGAAGAGCACGCCGAAGCGCCGCUUGAAGAAGUCGGCCAGGAAUUCGAGUCGGGAGAUAUAGAAUAUCAUGAUAAUGAUUUUGAUGAGGAAGCGGGUGCGGAAGACGAGCCUGUUGAGGAGCAGGAGACUCUACCUGCUGAUGAUUACGAACCGGCCGAGGAAAUCGCAGAAGACGACCAACCUGCCAAGAAGCAGGAGGAGACUCUACCUGCUGACGAGUACGAACCGACCGAGGAAGUCGCUGAAACGAGUGUGGCCGAGCCCAAAGGGAGCACUAGUAUAACCGAUGAAGGUAAACCGGAACAUCCGAAUGAGCCCGCUGUACAAGACAACGAAGAACAAGGCGAGACAGUGGAAAUCGAGCACCCCGAAUUUGCUGAUGACUUGAUUGAUUACUUCGAUGAUGAGGAAGGCCACGAUGAAGGCUCAUCUGGAUCUUUGACUGUCCAAGGGGAUAUCGCUGAGGCUCAGGAACCAGAAUGUGCCUUGAAGAAUGGACAGCCUGCCCAGGCUAGUCAAAUUGAAGGAGCGGAGCCUGCACCUGAAGAACCCGGUCCAAAUGAUGAAGACAAUACGGCCGAUGAGUAUGACGAUUUCCUCGAGGAGCCCGAAGAGACGAAGGAAGAAGACCAGCCUGCGGAUACUCGUUUAGAUGUCCCCAAAGCCGAUGCUACCCAGGACACCAUCUUGGAACCUGGAGAAGGGGCACAGAGCAAUGAGCAAAAUGAGGGAGAGGGUCCCAGCACCGUCGAGAACCUCGAUCGAACCGGUGUUGAGGAUUUCGAUUUCGCCACUGGCGAAGCGGACGACACCCACUUUGACGCCGGCAAUGACGAGAACGGCCAAGCUUGGAAUAAUGUUUUCGACGAUGGUGACGAGAGCGAGGCGGUCGAGGCAACUGUGGGACAGCCGUUCACAGUGCCCGAGGGAUCCACGGGGGACGACGAGUUCGAUUUCGUCGAUGAUCUCGAUGGCGAUGAAGAGGACGACGCUGUAGACUUGGAGGUAGCGGAACAAGACCCGAAGCAUGGACACGACUCACCACUUGGGAAGAGGUCGUGGUCGGAGCACAAUGAGGGUGCAGCUGGCCAAGUCGAUGAUCAAGAUAUGAAACGGGCUCGCCCGUCCUAAUCGACUUGGUCAUGCGCUUUCUUGUCGACCAUCGCACCAUAUCCAACACGAGCGUGAACCGGAGCCUGGACACUGUUCCCUACAUCCUCGGUUUUCGCACGGCCAACGUUCCCCGACGAGCGACCUCUUAACCUUCUCCAUUCCUUUUUCGUUUCUCCGCAAGCGCUUUUCCUGCCUUCUGAUCCUUUCGCCCCUUCACAGUCACCCGCACAACUGACACGGUACUGAUCCACAGCAGCAGAGAUACCCCCGAUAGCAUCCGGGCUUCGCGCAGGAAGCGUUCGGAAGCACCCGCGCGGUUGGGUGCAUUACAGGUAAGUCUGUACC